UGGACAAAUAAACAGAAGGAUCAAGUUGUUCGUAAUUUUUUGAAAACAUCAGGAUGUCUGACAUUGCAAAAGACAAAGCUGCUCGCUUACUGAGGAAGACUGGUAGCUUUUCUUCACUCAGCAGCUAUGAUGUCAAAGUGAAGGAAAGCAGGCGAAAGCAAAAGGAUUCCAUGAGUACUGUGUCCUACAUGGAUGAUCCAGGUCAUCACGAUGAUAUUCCACGGCCAACACAACAAAUGGAAAACACAUAUCAGUUAUAUCCAACCAAGUAUUUCCCAGGGGCCACUGUGAACAAUAUUCUCAAAGACGUCCUGCCAAGCUAUUUACAGGAGGAGAAGUAUGAGCCUGAACUCUGCAGGCAAAUGACAAAGACCAUUUCAGAAGUCAUAAAAGCUCGAGUAAAGGAUCUCAUGAUUCCACGAUACAAGAUAAUUGUUUUAAUCCAUAUUGGACAGCUGAAUGAACAGAGUAUACGCAUUGGCAGCCGUUGUCUUUGGAAUUCCAAUACAGACACGUUUUCUUCUUUCUCUUUCUGUAACCAGUCUCUGUUUGCUGUUGCUAAUGUUUUCGCUGUGUACUUUGAGUGA